UCUGUUCCCCCUUCAACAAACCAUUCAAUGUUGUAUCUUCUUUCUCUCUCUCUCUCUCUCUCUCUCCGUCUUCUCUAUCUCUUCCCUUUUCGUUCUGCCGUCACUCCCCUUUCACAAAAUUAUACUUGUCUUCGUCAACAUCAUCAGCAUUUAUUACUGAAGUAAAACAUAUAUAUAUAUAUAUAUAUAUAUAUAAAUAUGUAUAUAUAAUCUGCGAGAGAGAGUCAAAGUGUGUGAGCUAUCCUGCUUACCCACUACCAGUCAAGUAUAUAUAGACAGAGGAUGAUGCGUUGCCAGUCGGCGAUAAGUUAGACGACAAAAAAGAAAAAAGAAGAAAAAAAAGGAAGAAAAUAAUAAUUUUAAUCUCCCCCCCCCCACGCCACCUACGUUUAAUUGUAACGACAGUGAUUGUAAUAUCAUGAUAACUGUGACAUUCGGACUUGUUACGCUUUUCACAACUUGAUUUUGGAACUUUAACACUAACCAAAUCGAUGGAUCCUGACGAUUCUUCAGCUGCCACAGCAACAGAUGCCUCCGCAAGAGGCCAGAGGCGUGAACAUUUACCUGACAGACUCGUUGGAUAUUGUCACAAGACAAAACCACCUUUACCGAACAAACCACGCCCUCCUCUUCCAGCGAAACCAAACAUAUUACUUUCUCACGUCAAUCCACUAACAUCAAAAAGAAACAGUGGAGAAUUAGCAUCAACCAAUCAAAGAAUUAUAUUAGAUUCUUCAGGUAAAGGAAAAGCACCUCCACCACCACCACCACCUUCUUCAUCACCAUCAUCAUCCGCAUUGCCACCACAGCUACCACCCAAAGACACAUCACCUCCACCUACUCCAAAGAAACCGACAGGAGAAGCUUCCCCUAAAAGUGCCCCCAGUUCAGUAAAUUGUACACCAGUGACUGUGAAGAAAUCAUCAUUCUCUAAAAUUGACAUACAGACUAAGAUUUUGAAUUCCGUUCGCAACAACUCAAACUUCAACCUAGACAGUAUCAACAUUAACAACAACAUUUCUACCACAACUAAUGCUAGUCCAACUUACACUUCCAACGAUAACAACAAUAACGACAACAACAGUAACAUCACAACCUUUGACAAUGAGACAGUAAGUGAAAACAACGAAAAGCUAUCAUCCCCUAAAACCAACACACAGCAGGGAACUUCCAGAAAAGUCUUCACAAGAGCCAAAAGCACUCCUCCAACCCCUUCACCUAAGACAUUUACUAUUAAGGUGGCUUUCAGUGCAGGGAAGAGUUAUUCAUGUUCUUCAAACAUUGCUCAAAGUUCGAACAGUUUCAAUAACGAUGACAACAACAACAAUAUUGUCCAGAAAAUACCAGCCAGUGAACCGAAUCCUGUAAAUACACCUGCCUUAGACUACCACAGGUCACAUAGCAUAGAACCCAGGAAAACACCACCACCGCCACCUGUGAAACCAAAGCCCAGACCCAAACCUCGUGAACGCCCCGUGCCAAAACAGCGGGUUUCGUUAUUACUGCGACAGAACUCUGUAGAAUCAGUUGAUGGCAGCAGUCCAGGGACAACUGCAGACCAUCAUUCUGAUGUCGGUUUAACAAAUGAACUGAACAGUAGCAAAAACAGCAACAGCAACUGCAAUGGCAACAGUGGCAGACCAAGCAAUGAUACCCCAACACAAUUAAGUGAAACAUCUCCCCUUGCUAAUACUUCAGUAAAGAGAGAGUCUCUUUCUAAUGAUAUAGAGAGUGUAGAUGCAUCGCUACGGCAAUUCGAGGAAUGUGUAAAUAAUAUAUUAAAGUCUCAAGAAAACAUUGACAGGUUGUCAUCUCCGGGAAGGUCUCGGAGGCAAGCCCCUAAAGUACCCGUUAGAGACUAUAAGCUUAGGUCAUCUUCUGUAGACAGAUACAGUGUGUCUCAUUCAUACCACAAAAACUGGUCAGAAACCUCAUCAAAUUCCUUAGACACUGAGGAGCAGGUGCAAUUACCACGUAAAACUCGAGUAAACAAUUCUCCCUUUGAUCUUCUCGUCUCGAGUGUCAAUGACCCAUCUCCUCCAAAACCCCCUGCUCGUCCACCACGCCCUAAACAUGAGGAAAUCAAGCGAUCUCGUAGCAAGUUGACAGCAUCCGAUAUUCAGUUUAUGCAUGUUGACUUCACAUCUUCUCAACAGGCUCAAGAACUCGGAGCACCUACAUUAACAAGACAGAAAUCUGAGUCACGUAAAACUUGUCCACCAAAGCCUCUGCGUAAAAAUCUACGGCGGUGCCGUUCUGACGCUGCAGAUCACCGCAGCAAAGAUAAUGACAUAGAAAGUAGUCGAAGUCGAAAGCUCACUCAACCCUUUCAAAGAGACUCCGAAGACAUGUCAAUGGCAUCGAGCCCUCCAAAUAAAAUGAUCAACCAGCCCGAACCCUCUUCUCCAAACAUAUCGAAAAGCCCUGUUCCUGCCCCUCCUCGCAGGUGGUACGGCCGAGAACAGGAACAGACGAAAUCACCUCACACGGAAAGUGAUGAUGCAAACUCAAAUUGUGAUGUAUCCAAUGUUACUGACAAAACCAGUAGCAAAGUCAGUUCUCCUGCUAACCACGAUACCACAGAGGCUGACACCAUGAACUUUUUCAACUCUCCCAAAAUACCUUGCACCUACCCUGCCCCAGUACCAAGAGCCAAAUCGAAAGAGCGCAGUCCAACACCACCCCGAGUGCCUCCACGCAAUUAUAAUGAGAACGAGGUGGCAGACGAAACCAACACUGACAACGAUGAGGUAUUUAUAUCUAGCAAACAGUGCAAUGACUCUUCAAAAGAAAAACCUUCAGAAACCAAUAAAAACUCUUCAGAUAAUUCUCUUAAAACUGACGCUGAUAUGUACAGCAGCAAUGAUAACAUCAACAAGAGCCCCACCUUUAAGCACGAUCGACCAUUGAGUUCGAUCAGUCAAAUAAGUUUGCCUUCAGACAGUGGUUCGGGAAGUGCUGAAAUGCAAAAUACCAAUUCCAUUCUUAGUUCGGGGACUGAUUCCUCUGAAGAAGAAGAAGCAAAGAGUGACCGAAGUGCUAAGAAAGUCUACUAUAUUGCAGAAGAAAUUAUGUCGUCAGAGAAAAUUUUUGUCCGUAUUCUUCGUCUCAUCAAUGUGGAUUUCCGCUUGGCAGUGUCAAAUGCUACAGAAAAGGCUGGACGUACAGUUAUUCCAACCGAUGUCUUGAAUCGGAUUUUGAAUUUCCUCCCACAGCUACAGAAUUUUAAUGAAGAUUUGCUCAGUGACCUUGAAAACAGAUUAAAGAACUGGUAUAAAGGAUUAUUAUCAUUAUUAUUAUUAUUAUUAUUAUUAUUAUUAUUAUUAUUAUUUCUUUAUUUCUUUUCAGAAUAUCUCAAAUACCUCACUCCAGAUAAUCCCGACUACAAAGAUACUCUCACUGCUCUAGAUAUUGUAAGCAAGGUCUCUGAACAUGCAAAUGAAAGAAUUCGACAGGGUGAUAAUGUUCAGAAAUUAAUGGAAAUCCAGUAUGCUUUGAUAGGAAACUUUGAAGUGAUUUACCCAGGUCGUGAACUUAUCAAGAUGGGGGAGUUACAGAAACUCUCUAGGAAGGAGAUGCAACCCAGAGUAUUCAUUUUGUUCAAUGACACGCUUUUGUAUACGACACCUGUACCUGCAGGAUAUAAACUCAUCAACGUCUUAACAUUAGCAGGAAUGAAGGUGAAAAAAACAACAUUAGAUGACUUCAAAAACGAAUUCAACAUCAUCAGUAUCCAACGAUCAUUCACAGUUUGUGCAAACACAUCCACCGAGCGAGAUGAAUGGAUCGAUGCCAUAUCUAAAGCUAUAGAAGACAACACUUUGAAAAGGAAUUCUUUUGAAGUAAAUCGAACACAAGUACCUUCAUUGGAAAAAGGGUUUGUGUUAGGUUCAAAAGCACCUCUUUGGGUACCCGAUGCCAGAGUAACAAUGUGUAUGUUGUGUACUUGUGAAUUCACAGUUACCUGGAGGCGGCAUCAUUGUCGAGCCUGUGGCAGGGUGACUUGUGGUAAUUGUUCCAACAACAAAGCGCCUCUACUGUAUCUGGAGUACAGACCCAGUCGGGUGUGUGAUGAGUGCAAUAAUAAAUUAUUUGCAGAAGUGGAACGGCAAAUGGAAGAAAUGAAGACUGCAAAAGAAGAAGGCAAGAAACUCGACAAUGUACAACCAGAGGAGUUACUAUCUCGAUUCCAAAGAAUUCGCAAGAGUGGACGCCACGGCCAGAAGAAUAUAAAACGGCCUGCUUGGCUGAAAGAAGUACAUGCUAAUGAUCAGGGUUCAACAAUGAGUGGUUACUUGAAACUAUUCAAAGGUAAAAGAUGGAAGCAGCUUUGGUUUGUACUGAAGGACAAAGUAUUAUAUAAAUACAAAGCCAGUGAGGAUAUGGCAGCUAUAGACAGUCGACCUCUUCUGGGUUAUCAGGUGAACAGAGUAGUAGAGGAGGCUGGUGAUGGCUCUGGAAGCUUAAGCACAAAUUCCAACUCUUCCGAUCCAAGAGCACGCAAUCAAUGGUAUGAAGGCAUAGAACGCCAUCUUCUGUUUGAACUUACACAUCCAGGAAUGCAGCCCAUGAGAUUCCAAACUGAUAGUGCAGCAUCAACAGAGAAAUGGGUGACAGUAUUACUUGAAGCUUCAGUGCCCUAGCAAAUGGAAUAGAUGGCGGACCAAUGACAGACAGACCUAAAUAUAUGUUUCUUUUUGGAAAUAACUGCAAUUUAUCUGUGAAACACAUCGAUUCCAUCCUAGAAGAUGUAUAUAGCUGGUCACGUGGAUCAGUAGUCAAGCAGAUGUUGUUUUAUAUGUAUAUGUUUUCAAUACUCAGACAUAAACAAUUUUUGAUACAACUCAAAAGUCUGUUAAAUAAAAAAAACAAAAACAAAAAACAAUUAUGUUCAAGGAAAAGCUGUGUUAAACAAAAAUGACAUCUGUUCAUAUAAAAAGCCUGUGAUCAACAAAAAAUUGUGCUUAAAUUAAACUUUGUAUUAAAAAAAGGAAUACUCAUGAUCACAGGAUUGAAUUAACAAAUUGGUAUAUGUUGAAAUGGAAACUCAUGUUAAAUGAAGGCUUGUGUUAAAUGAAGCCCUGCAUUAAAUGAAGACUAAUGCUUAAAUAAAUGACUGUAUUAAUGAA